AUGAGAAAGUUAUCUUUGGUAUGGAUGGCAGAACAGAAAAUAUCAUAUGACAAGAAGAAACAAGAAGAAUUAAUGCAACAGUAUCUUAAAGAACAGGAAUCCUAUGAUAACAGAUUGCUUAUGGGUGAUGAGCGUGUGAAGAAUGGUCUUAAUUUCAUGUAUGAGGCCCCACCAGGAGCAAAGAAAGAAGAAGCUAAAGAGCAAGAAGGAGAGACCGAGUAUAAAUUUGAAUGGCAAAAAGUUGCCCCUCGAGAAAAGUAUGCUAAGGAUGAUAUGAAUAUCAGAGAUCAACCAUUUGGUAUCCAGGUGCGGAAUGUGAGAUGCAUUAAAUGCCACAAGUGGGGUCAUGUAAACACUGAUCGAGAAUGUCCUUUGUUUGGCCUUUCUGGAAUUAAUGCAAGUUCAGUCUCUACUGAUGGUUCAGGGCCAUCAAUGCACCCCUCGGAGCUAAUAGCGGAGAUGAGAAACAGUGGGUUUGCACUGAAACGAAAUGUACUGGGGAGAAACUUGACCGUAAAUGAUCCAUCACAGGAAUUUGUCGCAAGUGAAGGAGAUGAUGAUCCAGAAGUUGAAUUUUUAAAAUCGCUGUCAACCAAACAAAAACAGAAACUUCUAAGGAAAUUGGAUCGUUUGGAAAAGAAGAAAAAAAAGAAAGACAAAAAGAAGAAAAAGCAGCAAAAGAAAAAAAGUAAAAGUAAACACAAGAAACAUAAGACAAGAUCCUCUUCCUCAUCCUCCAGUGAGACUUCAGGAAGCAGCAGUGAUAGUGAGACUGACAGCAGAGAUAAAGCAGCACAAAAGAAGAUGUAUUCUAAGAAAAGAAAAAAAGACAAGUUUUCAGAGGCUAGCAGCAGCGAUUCAGAAGGAAAGGCGAAGACUAGGAAGGAAAAACUUUAUGAAGAUCUCUCCAGUAGUCACGGUAACAAGGACAAAGAUAGGGAGAAGUAUAGACUUUUAAAGCAAGAUAGUUCUGCAGAGAAAAACAAAUGGAACUCCUGUGAGGAGGAAAGAAAGUCCAAAAGUAGAUACCAGAGCACCAGCAAGGGAGAGCCUGAAAGAAAGGAGAGGGAUGGCAGAAGCCAAAGCUUGGAUGAGAGGAGCAGGAGAAGCCCCUGCACAAGUCACAGUAGUAACAGGCAAAGGCAAGUAAGAAAAAGUCCAAGUCAAAGCCCUGGUGAAGAACGGCGCAGGAGAAAUGAAACCAGAAGCCCCAGCACAGAUGUUCACAGGGAGAAGAAAAAAUGUAGAGAGAGCUACGGAGACAAGCGUGGUAAAGCGGAGCACAGGGAGAGCAGCCGGCGCAGCAGAAGCAGAAGCCGGGAGAGGAAAAAAAACAGUGCAGGGACAGGUGCAAACAAAAAUGUCUCCAUUUUUGAUGAAUACCUUUAACAAGGGCUCAAUUAUGUAUUGCUGCUCAUUUUCCAACCUCUGUAACUCUCAUUUCCUACAUAAAACCAACAGCAUAAUUUCUAUAAUGUGGGAAUAUUUGUAAAUUAGGUACAAAUGUUACUGUAUUUUUCUUACAGUGUAAAUAUGCUUGUUGUAAGUAUUUCUUGUAUUCAUGCAGUAAGUCG